UCGCGAUACCAAUUCCAAUUUCGUGCUACAACUUCACUGAUUGAUUUGUCAGAUUACUUCUUGUUAUAACACUCAUAACAGACUUUUACCCCCCAAGAACAGGCUUCGCCCAUCGCUUUCAGUUAUUGUACCAUUUCUCAAACCCUCAAGUAAGUCUCAUCAUGAGGGCGCCCGUGAAAGCAACUUCUACGUGGGGUAGUACAGCUCGUCGUCUCGCAUGUUGGUCGUUCUUCAUCUUUAUUUGCUACUGGAGUGCUGAAUGGAUCGCAGAUCAUAGAGGCGCAAUUUCUCAACUUCCUCUGGCCAGCAGAUUGAUAGCGGCACCAGCACGGAUUUACCAGCAUUACCUGUCCGGAGGAAAGCCAUUUACUUCGUCUACGUUCAAGCUGCAGGAGCAGUCUCAGCCUAUCAACAUGGGCUCUAAAAUCAAGAAUCUAUAUGGCCUCAAGGACCAUCUCACUCAUGAUAAACUUGACGAGCUGCGGAAUUUCUGGUUUGAGCAUAUCCCCGAGAUGGCCGAUCGUAUCAUCGCUCCUCAAGAAUUGCAAAAGAGAUGGUUCUUCUCAGACAAAGAGUUCGACAAUGUCUGCGUCACUCGAUUCAGCCCUAUACUAGAAGCCAUCCGCGACGCGGGAGUUACAUCCGCGCAAGAGCUUCUGUCCGUUGCUCAGCCUCGGAACUCGCUAGACUGGUUGAACCUGAUCAUUCUGCUCGACCAAAUUCCUCGCAACUCAUAUCGCGGCGAGAAAUCACCCAUCUGCUUCACUUACUUCGACCCUAUCGCGCAGCAGGUAUCCCUUGAAGCCAUCAAGCAGGGCAUCCCAGAUAAGGCACCCGAGAUCCGCUGGGUCUUCUCCCACCGGAACUGGUUCUACAUGCCCUUGAUGCACUCAGAGGACAUAUCUGCACAUGUUAAGGCCGUUGCCGCUUUUGAUAAGAUGAAUCAGGAUAUACUGAGCUUGAUGGAGGGAACGGGUGGUGCAGACGAGUACGAGAGGAAGGCAAGGGAAGUGGUGCAGGCGGAUCCUGAAGCAGCGAAGUCAGUUGGUGAGACGAAUAAAGUGUUUGAGGAGAAGCAUAAAGUGAUUAUUGAGAGGUUUGGGAGAUAUCCACAUAGAAAUAAGGCACUUGGGAGGGAGGCGACGCCGGAGGAGGUAGAGUUUCUCGAGAGUGGAGGUGAUACUUUUGGUAGCUAAGAUGCCUGAUGCAUGCAUUGCAUAGUGGAUCAUUAUGAUCUGCACUAUUAACAUUGACCUCAUUGCGCUAAGAUGCCUGCCAUGUUGGUUCAGGUACGCUAUCAAAACAAUUGACGAUCAUAUUCGCGUAUCAACGAGGGGUACACACUGUAGUCGCGGACAGGGCAUUGAUGAGUUCAGAGGUAGGUACCAGGUACUAAGUUGAGGGUAAGUUCAGAAUAGACGCCUCGAUUUUUGGAAGAGUUCAGGAUACCUAAGGUUGAUCAAUAUGCGGACAACGGGACAAUUAACCGCAGGGUGUCUCAUGACAGUGUGUGCGUGUAUCCUAUAAUUCAGGGCCAUACUCCGUUCGCCCAAAGCGAAUACGUCGAAUUUAAACGAC